CCAAAAUAUCGAAAAUUCAAACCUAAAGUUUUCAUAGUAUCUUUUUUUCAUAUCACAAUUCACAAUAAUCUAACAAUAAAGAGUAGAUAUCUAGUAGACAGAAAAAACACUGAAAAGAGAAGAAAAAGCUGUAAAAAAAAAAAACGGCGAUGGCGGACGAAGCUCCAAAUUCUGACAUUAAUGGCGGAAACAGCGAUUCAGAGUUCGGAAACGAUGAAAACCCUAAUUCUUCAUCUAAUAAUGCUUUAACUAUCAAUGGAGUUUCUUCUUCUCCUUUGGUAUGUUUCGUUAGGUUUGCUGGUGACUCUGCUGCUGGCGCUUUCAUGGGGUCUGUCUUCGGUUAUGGUGCCGGAUUGGUCAAGAAGAAAGGCUUUAAGGGCUCUUUUGCAGAAGCAGGUGCUAGUGCCAAGACAUUUGCAGUAUUGUCUGGGAUGCACAGCUUGGUGGUUUGCUUCUUGAAGAGGCUAAGAGGGAAGGAUGAUGCCAUUAACGCAGGAGUGGCGGGCUGCUGCACUGGUCUUGCUUUAACUUUUCCAGGUGCUCCUUCAGCUCUCCUUCAGAGCUGCGUUACGUUUGGGGCAUUUGCAUUUGUCGUUGAAGGCUUAAACAAAAAGCAAUCAGCUUUGGCACAUUCAGACAACGCUCAAGAAAGUCGUAGUUGCCCGAGUCUAAUUCCUCCUUUGGCUUUUCCACUGUCCGAUGAACUAAAAGGACCAUUCUUAAGCUUCUGCCAAUCGUUGAGAAAACCAAAGCGCAAUCACCCUUCAUAAGCAUAAGUGUCCAGAGAUGCAUAUCUUAGCUUUUCUUUUGUAGCUGUAUGUUUUUCGGAUGCUAUUAUAACGCCUUCUGUGUAUGUAAUUAGGAUCAUGUUUUGUAACGUUUUCUUCUUACCCAUCUCUUAUGAUUUUGUUAUUCAUUCACUCUUUUUGCCCCAUGAGUUUGCUUAGGGAUUUUAAGUACCUUAAAUUUUGUGGGAAUGGGAGGAUGAGGAGCUGAUCUUGCGAAUGAAGAUGCUUUUAGUUUGAGCUUA